UCAGUAGCUCAGGCAGGUUCCAGAUGAGGACUGCAGCGCCUCGUCCUGCCCGCGGACAGCGCGGAGGUCUCGGCCGGGGCAGGAAGUGAGUCUGCUCCGUGAGGAGGCGGCGGCGGCGGCGGCCGAAGCUUCUGAGAGCCCCGGCGUCUCGGACCCUCCUCCCCGCUCUCAGCCCUUUCCUAGUCCAGCAGGUUCCUGCACACGGCCAGGGAUGGAUCUUCACAAGCCGAUGACUGCUCGCCGCUACCAAGUGCUUCAUAAUGAAGAUGAUAAUUCAGAAUCACCUGCUGUUGAGCCACCAUCACCCUCAACACAGAUAGCACGAACUUCUUCUGGACCUGUACUUGAACCUGAGACUUCUCCUCCACCUUACAGUAGCAUUACUGUGGAAGCAGCUGCGACUGCAGAAACAGAAACUCACAGCGAAUUUUAUCCUGUGCCACCACCCUACAGUGUAGCUACCUCUCUUCCUACGUAUGAUGAAGCAGAGAAGGCCAAAGCUGCUGCAAUGGCAGCUGCUGCAGCAGAAACAUCUCUGAGACACGGACAGUUUAGGGAGUCUAGGAGUCUAUUUGAUGAAAUAUUCCUGCACUCGCCAGAGGAAGAAGAGUUUCCUCCAAGAGAUGACUUCAGUGAUGCAGAUCAGCUUAGAGUGGGCAAUGAUGGUAUCUUCAUGCUGGCAUUCUUCAGUAAGUUAUUUUUCAUUUCCAGACCACCU